AUGAGUAAUACGCUGCUCCGAAUCUACCCUUCCGAGCUCAAGAUGCCAUUUGAGCUCAGGAAGUCGAAUUCAGGAUGCAUCGAGCUCGUCAACAAGACCGAUCAGCGUGUAGCUUUCAAGGUGAAAACAACUAACCCCAAAAAGUACGCAGUGCGGCCUACCUCCGGCAUCGUGCCGCCAGGGGGAUCCUGCGGUAUCACAAUUACGAUGCAGGCACCCAAGGAGAUCCCGCAGGAUUACCAAUGCAAGGACAAGUUCCUCAUUCAAAGCGUCAUAGUGCAGGAAGGGGUAACGCAUAAGGACAUUGUCCCUGAGAUGUUCGGCAGAGCGCCUGGCAGGGUGGUGGAGGAGUUCAAGCUGCGGGUGAUCUACAUCCCUGCAAAUCCCCCCUCACCGGUGCCUGAGGGAGACGAGGAAGAGAUUGCAGAUAUGGAGGUCGACCAUGAAGUGUUUAGACAAUCCAUGAUCGAUGCUGCAUCUAGGCAAGAAUAUGCAUCUGGACCACAAGCUUCACAUGACAAGGACGCCUCUACGGUAAAGUCAGAAGUUGUUAAAUAUGUGGCUGAAAACAAGAAGCUUCAACAAGAGCUGGAACAGCUUAGCGAGAGAAGGCAGUCUCUUGGGGGUUUCUCACGUACGUUUGUGCUCUUCGUCUUCCUGUUAUCUGUUCUUGUUGGAUACUGGAUGACAGGUCGGAAGGUUUAG